AUGGAGGAGCCUCUCCCCAAUGAGUUUGAAGAUGUGGUUGACUUCAUCAAAGUGACUAUAAGCAGGAUACGUCGCUCCUCGGAAAGGAAGAAGGGGGUGAGCCAGCAAAGGCGUGAAAGAAGAAGAGGAGGAGCUAAAGGAGGAGAGACAGGAAGGGAAGUUAGAGGAGGAGGCAGUGGACGGGGAAAAGGCUGUGUGCUCAAACAGAUUCACCUCAAUGUGUCAGACCUCGGCUUGGGCUACCGCUCUGGUGAGGAAAUGUUAUUCAGGUACUGCUCUGGACCCUGCAGGAAGUCCGAGACCAACUAUGACAAAAUCCUUUACAACCUUGCCCACAACAGGAGGUUUCCUUCCAAAGACACACCCCCUCAGGCUUGCUGUCGGCCAAUAGCAUUUGACGAUGAUCUCUCGUUUUUGGAUGACAACCUCGUCUACCACACCGUAAGGAAGCACUCCGCCAGGAAAUGUGGUUGUGUUUAG